CUCAACGCACACCAUCUCCCUCUGUGUCUCUCUCUCUCUCUUCAUUUCAUUGGUGGCUUUGGUCUCAGAGCUAACAACAUCUCACUCAGAACAGCCAAACAGCAACAAAACCAAACAUUCCUAACAUCAAAGCCUCCCCCCAAUAAGGAAAGUAAAAUACUCAAAGUGCAAUUCAGCAUCAAAUUCCUUGCUUUGGUUAAAAUCUCAACAUCCCAUUACCAACUGCAUCACCCUCCUGAUCAAUUUUGGCUCAAAACAAUUCCUAGCUUUGUGUCUGCUUCAAGGAUCUGAGAGGACAAGUUGAAGGGAGAAAGUAAUUAGAUUUGAAUGGCAAGGGAGAAGAUUCAGAUUAAGAAGAUCGACAACGUAACGGCCAGGCAAGUAACGUUCUCGAAGCGACGCAGAGGGCUCUUCAAAAAAGCUGAGGAACUCUCAGUUCUGUGUGAUGCUGAUGUUGCUCUCAUAAUCUUCUCUUCUACUGGGAAGCUCUUCGAGUACUCCAGUUUAAGCAUGAAGGAAAUACUUGAAAGGCAUCAUUUGCACUCAAAGAACCUGUCAAAGCUGGAACAACCAUCACUGGAAUUGCAGCUAGUUGAAAACAGCAACUGCUCCAGAUUGAGCAAGGAAGUUUCUGAGAAGAGCCAUCAACUAAGGCAGCUUAGAGGAGAGGAUCUUCAAGGUUUAAAUGUAGAAGAAUUACAACAACUGGAGAGGUCCCUCGAAGCUGGGUUGGGGCGUGUAAUAGAAAAGAAGGGAGAGAAGAUUAUGAAUGAGAUCACCGAUCUCCAAAGAAAGGGGAUGCAAUUGAUGGAAGAGAACGAGCGACUAAAGCGUCAUGUUGCAUGCGUAACUAAUGGCAACAGACAUGGUGGUGUCGAGUCUGAGAACUUAGUUACCGAGGAAGGUCAGUCUUCAGAGUCUGUCACUAAUGUUUGCAACUCCACUGGACCUCCACAGGACUAUGAUAGCUCAGACACCUCGCUCAAGUUGGGGCUACCAUACAACGGCUGAAGGGAAGUGUGUGUGGAGUUAAACCUACAAGCAAAGAUAAACAAAGAUUAUGGUCUAAAUUACGUAAACGAUUGUGGUUUCCAUCUUUCACUGUAAUGAUUGUGGUUUCCAUCUUUCACUGUGGAGUGGUGGUAGAAUAUAUUAGUAAUGACUUGUGAUCUAGAUGAUGCUAAGAAAUUAAUUAAAAAAAGUAAUUCCUAUUAAUACUAGGUUUAGUGGUAGAAUAUAAUAGUAGUAAUGACUUGUGGUCUAAAUGAUGUUGUUAAGAAAUUAAUUAAAAAAAGUAAUUCCUAUUAAUGCUUUGAUUAGCAUUU